UCCAGAGGGCUGCCUGAGGAUGGAAGUGUCACACCCAGGUCCAACCCACUCCCUCUCUGGGUCUAGCUCCUCCAGAGGGCUGCCUGAGGAUGGAAGUGUCACACCCAGGUCCAACCCACUCCCUCUCUGGGUCUAGCUCCUCCAGAGGGCUGCCUGAGGAUGGAAGUGUCACACCCAGGUCCAACCCACUCCCUCUCUGGGUCUUGCUCCUCCAGAGGGCUGCCUGAGGAUGGAAGUGUCACACCCAGGUCCAGCCUGGUCCCUCUCUGGGUCUUGCUCCUCCAGAGGGCUGCCUGAGGAUGGAAGUGUCACACCCAGGUCCAGCCUGGUCCCUUGGCUCAGUUGUCCAAUGGAGACACUUUCUCACCUUCUCCAAAACCAAAUAAGCAACUUCUGCCCAGCGAGCAGGAGAGCGCGCCUGGACAGGACAGGUGUACCCCAACCAGCAGCACAGCCGUCCCAGGUGACCCCACGCCCCCCAUACUAGAGAUCAUUUCUACAAGAAAUCCUCUACUUCCUGUAUCUCUUCACCAUAUUUCUACCCAGGAGAAUCUCCCCUGAGCGAUGAGACACUGUGAGCAUUCAAAGAGACAUCAGUUCCAACACACCUUUUGGCUCCUUAGUAAGAGAAAAUGUUGUCGUUUUUCUGUUGUACUUUACAAAGGAUUUGUAAGAGUUUGCGUUACAGGUUUUCUUUUUGAUCUUGUGUUCUGCUCAGUGCCUCUGGUCGAUAAAUCACAGGGAUUGAACUGAAACGUGACAACACAGAAAAGGCCCAUAUUGACGCAGCUAGAGGUCUGUUCAUUUCAGUGGUGCUGUUAGGAGACAAAGCUAAGCUUACUAUGGAAAGAGGAGGAGUGCACUUCCGGUUCCCUCUUUCUCUUUUUGUGCCAUCACACUGUUUACUGGGCUGGGUUCCCAGUAGACAUUUAUAUAGGCGACACUCUCCCCUAAUUAGUAGUACAGAUGAAAACCUGUAACACCAAUUCACCCUUUCGUCUGUUGCUUCUGACAUUUUGGCAUCUAGCUUGUUGAAUAAGCUAAUCGAUGGGUACGUCUUGAGUUUUAAACCCCUUUGUGUGUUUUUGCUGUUGUACACAGGGUAGGCUGGUGUAUCCAGCUCCACGCUGUGAUUAGGUGGGUUGUGUCCGGGGUUAGGAAAGCCCUGUAUUUGGGACAGGCCUCUGUUUGAUAUCGUAGGAGAACACACACACCCCCCUGUGAAAUCAAUGGUCCCAGAUCUGAUGAAGCUCCUCCCAUCAUUUGUCCUUGAAUUUUGGAAACGUCUCUGAUGUUUGUGAGUUUAGAUCCUUAACUGCCAAUGAUAUUGGUUGACUGUGCAUUUGACUCUGUUUCCACUAAUAGGAACACGCGCCCUGGGGGGGGCAGGUAUCUCUGGUAUCACCAUACUACUCGGCAUCGUGAUACUUGGCGUGGUAUCACGUCAUUAGUCAAAUGUUGAUAUUGUGACAACCCCACUCUGAAAAUAGGCACAUUUUCUUGCGGUUUCCACAGAUUUCUAGCGUGUCGCCGUGCAAAACAAAAUGUUUUGGCUCCUUUGUGCCCCGACCAGUUAGCAUCCCUGGCUAUUGUCGGUUUUUAUUAUUGUGCUUUUCAGCGUGUUUCAUUCUCUCUGUGAAGUCUGUCUAUGAUGGUUUUGUUGUGCCCCAGAUAUGACAGUGGUUUUACAGGGAUCACAGACACUUUUUCAAAAGCAUGAGUUUUCCCAGGCUGACCUGAUUGAAACCUUGUUGUUUUGGGGGUUCUCCUAUCCCGUGGAGUGAGGGGGGAAUGCAGACACACAUGUGCAGUCAUGGUGGGUUCGAGAGACCCAGAUUCUGUGCAGAUUGUCAGAUCCUUACAAUACUUACAGAAAUGAUUUAGAAUAAGCCCAUCUGGGUUGCACCCAGGAUAACACGCUGCCUGGGGUGUGUGGAGAGAGAGAGAGGGGCAGCGGUUUGCCAUAACACAGCUUCUAAUGUGCAGGGUAGGCACUGUGAGGCCAGCCUUAACUCAACCCUGGAGUCAGAGCGAGAAAGAGGUAGAGGCUGGCCACACCUAUAUAGAGAAAGCCUUAACUCAACCCUGGAGUCAGGGCGAGAAAGAGGUAGAGGCUGGCCACACCUAUAUAGAGAAAGCCUUAACUCAACCCUGGAGUCAGGGCGAGAAAGAGGUAGAGGCUGGCCACACCUAUAUAGAGAAAGCCUUAACUCAACCCUGGAGUCAGAGCGAGAAAGAGGUAGAGGCUGGCCACACCUAUAUAGAGAAAGCCUUAACUCAACCCUGGAGUCAGAGCGAGAAAGAGGUAGAGGCUGGCCACACCUAUAUAGAGAAAGCCUUAACUCAACCCUGGAGUCAGAGCGAGAAAGAGGUAGAGGCUGGCCACACCUAUAUAGAGAAAGCCUUAACUCAACCCUGGAGUCAGAGCGAGAAAGAGGUAGAGGCUGGCCACACCUAUAUAGAGAAAGCCUUAACUCAACCCUGGAGUCAGAGCGAGAAAGAGGUAGAGGCUGGCCACACCUAUAUAGAGAAAGCCUUAACUCAACCCUGGAGUCAGAGCGAGAAAGAGGUAGAGGCUGGCCACACCUAUAUAGAGAAAGCCUUAACUCAACCCUGGAGUCAGAGCGAGAAAGAGGUAGAGGCUGGCCACACCUAUAUAGAGAAAGCCUUAACUCAACCCUGGAGUCAGAGCGAGAAAGAGGUAGAGGCUGGCCACACCUAUAUAGAGAAAGCCUUAACUCAACCCUGGAGUCAGAGCGAGAAAGAGGUAGAGGCUGGCCACACCUAUAUAGAGAAAGCCUUAACUCAACCCUGGAGUCAGAGCGAGAAAGAGGUAGAGGCUGGCCACACCUAUAUAGAGAAAGCCUUAACUCAACCCUGGAGUCAGAGCGAGAAAGAGGUAGAGGCUGGCCACACCUAUAUAGAGAAAGCCUUAACUCAACCCUGGAGUCAGAGCGAGAAAGAGGUAGAGGCUGGCCACACCUAUAUAGAGAAAGCCUUAACUCAACCCUGAAGUCAGAGCGAGAAAGAGGUAGAAGCUGGCCACACCUAUAUAGAGAAAGCCUGAACACUGUUCAAUAGGAUUGAUACUGUAAACCUUUAUGUCCAGAACCUCCCAAUAUAAAUACACAUCUGGUGGCUUAUGCUUUGUUUUAGUGUGCUGCGGUUUCCAAAAGGAGAUGUGGAUGCAUUGUUUUUAGACAUUCCAGAAGAUUCCACCAGUACCUUUAGCAUCUUUAACUGGCACUUUUCAAGAGCAAAAAGCAACGAUUUUGUCUGAGGUUAUUUUUGGCCACAAUACAGAAUCGUUUUUUAAUGUAAAAUGAUUUGAUGGUAAAUUGUAUUGAUUUGUUGAUUGUCCCUUAUGUCUUCCCUUUGAGUGUAGAGGGAGUCCUUUUACUGCUGGUCAGAUGAGACGCAUCUCCCUCCUAUCCUUCCUUCUUGGUAUUUACAGUGGAUUCACACUGGCCACGUUCAAGGCCACUUCAUUGCAGUCGCAUGCCAGAACCUCACAAUGCCUGGAUUAGGUGUAGCUUAAUCACAAAAUGACACCGCCAACUGAUGGCGGACUGGAAAGUCAAUGAGGUGGCACGCAGCCAUAGGUUGCUGCAUGCAGUGCGACUGUAAUGUAGUCAGCCUGGAACGCGACCACUGUGUUUACCCAGGAAAAAAACCAACUUAGCCAUGUUGAGUUCCAUUAUUUGGAAAUGGUCAGUGAUUCUUGAGGUGUGCCCUCUAUAAACCUUAUAAUCUGGAUCGGUAGGGGCAGUCCUCUGAUCCAGUCCUAUUGAUUGCUGAACAAAAUGUUGUUGUUGUUUGGUUACGCUUUAUGCUAAUGUCCGUAGUAGCCCUUUUCAUUACCUGUGUUCAAACAUUUUCUCUGCUGAUGCCAAGCACUGUCCCAUAGAUGUUUUGUGUGUCUUCUAUACGAUAUCUCUGUUAGAUACAUAACAGAUUGCCUGUGAGGUGGGCAGGGGUCAGGGAGGGGGUUAGUGAAUGGGGGGGGUUACGGUUCUAAAGCACUUACUGUACUAUAUAUGGGAGAGGGUUCCUCUUAUUUUUCUGAAAGGGGGCCUCUCCUCGGCUGAAGCUCUUGAUAUGUUGUGAGACUAAAACCACACAGCUGUGUAUUUCCCCUUUUCCCUGUGUCUGACCCGGUCAUAUACCCUGGGUGUAUUCAUUAGGCACCAAACGGAAGAAAAUGGACUGAAACAGGGAGAUACUACCUGACCUUGCCCAAUAAGAAACAGUUGUUUUAAUUUUCCAUUGCUACGGUGUGCCCUAGUGAAUACAACCCCUGUCCCAUGUCUGUCUGUCCCUCAUCUCUUUGUCUGUAGUCGACACAAGACUCAUCCUGUCUUCCCUCUCCGUCUUUCACGCCCUCCUCUCCUCCCCAACUCCUCUUUAUCUGUUGUCUUGUGUUUUGUUGGACAGUCAGUCCACACGGUCGUUGAGAAGCUAUUAUAUUUAGAGUUUUUUUUAAGAAGAAACUUGUGGGUGGAUAAAGAAGAGGCUUGUGCCUUUUGUAAAGACAGAAUAAUAAAGUUUGUACUUCAUUUUUUACAA